UAAGAAAGAACUUCUUCAGACGGUGCAAUGUGUGAUCCUGUUAGAGGCAAUGGCUCUAGCCAAAGAGGUGCGGUUAGUAAGAAAAAAAGGCCUUAUAUUCAUAGAUAUUGGUCGUGGGCCGAUAUAAUAAGAGCGUCAACAGUUAUGAUAGUGCACUUUUUGUGUCUCUUGGCACCGUUUAACUACAAAUGGGAAGCUUUGCGGUUUGGUUUCGUGCUCUACGCCUUGACUUCACUCAGCAUCACCUUCUCCUACCACAGGAACUUGGCUCAUCGGAGCUUUAAACUCCCCAAAUGGCUCGAGUACCCUUCAGCUUAUUUUGCUGUUUUUGCUCUUCAGGGUGAUCCGUUGGAUUGGGUGAGCAUACAUCGGUUCCAUCACCAGUUCACAGAUUCAGAUCGCGACCCACACAGCCCAAUCGAAGGAUUUUGGUUCAGUCAUGUGUGGUGGAUAUGUGACACUCACUAUAUCAAAUAUAAGUGUGGAGGACGUAACAACGUGAUGGACUUGAAGCAGCAGUGGUUCUAUUGGUUUCUACGAAUGACAAUUGGUUUCCACGUCUUAAUGUUUUGGGUCGGCCUCUAUCUCUAUGGUGGUUUACCCUACCUUACAUGCGGCGGGGGCGUAGGAGGUGUGAUAGGGUACCACGUGACAUGGCUAGUAAACUCAGCAUGCCAUAUUUGGGGUUCGAGGUCGUGGAAGACUAAAGAUACAUCUCGUAACGUUUGGUGGCUAAGCAUAUUUACGAUGGGAGAGAGUUGGCACAACAACCACCACGCGUUUGAGUCAUCGGCGAGGCAAGGAUUGGAGUGGUGGCAAAUAGAUAUCACUUGGUAUCUCAUUAGGCUGCUUGAGGUUCUCGGAUUAGCCACUGACGUCAAGUUGCCCUCUGAAUUCCAGAAACAUAAAUUGGCUCUCUGACUUGUCGUUGAUUUCAAUAUCUGAAAAAUAUAUCAUCAUCUCCAUGCAGAGUUUAUUUAUAUAAACAAAAGUAACCUAAGUUGAACUAUGUAAGAGAACAUAAUAUAGUAAGAGAGCUUUAUAAUUAUAUAUA